GGUAGAUAUUUUAGAUAUGUAUGGCCGAUGAUUUACAUUAUUCAAGCUUACAAAAUCAUAUUGCGUAUACUGCCGCAUUGGACUUCCUUGUUUGAGCAAUACAGUACAGCUGAUGUUAGUACCAACAACCCAUUGUUUCUUAUUUGUAGAUAGACCAGUGAACGCGUUGCUGUUGUGCUUGUUUUUUAGAUGAGCAAUGUUUUUAGAAUAUAUCAUACGCCUUGGUGGUGUGUUCUUUUUAAAACCUCAUAUUCAUAUUAGGUCGUAUGUAUCUCAUUUUACCAAGACUUAAAUAUGCUUAUGUAUCAAAAAUACUAUGGGAGCCUAGGCUUUUCAGAGAGUUAAAUGUUACACCAUAUUCAGAAACGAGAGUUCAAACUGAGUCAUUUUCGAACAUCAAUUUUUAUUACUGAAGUCAAACAAGACAAGCAGCAAAGGUUUAGAGCAAUAAUAUUGAUUGGAAAAUUAGAUUGUUCUGUAUAGAUGAGCCAAUCAUUGGUGACAGAGGCAGUCUUAAAACUGAAGCUUUUACUUACAUUUGUGGUGUGUAGUGAAAUGAAGUGCAGAAAGUUAGUAUAGUGAAAUGAAGUGAAAAAAAGUAUUACGGUAUAUCAUUCAAUUGGAACUAAUUGUAAGAUAGAAAGCAUUAUACUCCAACACUGUUCGACUCUCGUUGGGCAUUUUAGCCAUGCAAAGAUUAAAUUAUCGAAAUCCCUAGUGUAUAAAAAUCACAUCUACUAAAAGGUACUACAAUUUUUAAUAGCUAAAUGACUGAGAUAUUUUUUCUUUGUCAAUCAUGGUACGGGACUAGAAUUCGUCAGCCUUCUAGUUAAUUUUGACAUAUGAGUAAACGAAUGAGAUAUAUUUAAUGAGCAUUUCUUGGAAUAUAUAUUUCGAUAUAUCCACUCUCUCCACUCUGAUAGAUUUGUUUUUGCUUAAUAAUAAUAGGCCGUAUUGCAGCCUUAGUUGGUAUAAAAAUAAACGUUUCGUCCACAGAAUUACUUGAACUUGCGUCAAUAAUAGGAUGGGAGAAGCACACUAAAUUGGAACAGCAAUUUACUAUUUUUUAUCACUUAUAUCUAGUGCGUAUUUAAAUAUCUCUUCAGGGCAUAAAUGUUGAGUCACAUUGUUUUGAAUGUUUCGGGUCAGCAUUCAUGAGAAAUGCCAGUUUAUUGUAACUAACAUGAUAGAUAAAAAGAAAGAUUUUCGGUCAUACAUGCUGCAUAAGAGAUGUGACCAUAUUGAAAUAAGAGCGAAGUGAUUGUUAGGUAAUUACAAGGACGUCGCGAAACUUGUCUGCCAAAUAUUCAGCGCGUUGGUUUAAACAAGUGCAUCACGUAGCUAGUGACGAGAGAAUAAUGACGAUAAUAGUUCUAUUUCACUUUAUAUGUCGAGAUAAAAAUGAAGGUUUUCUGACAUCUUGUUUUAUUGACAUCUUACAGUCAUACAGUACACUACUGCUAGAUUUUAAAACUUAACUAUCGGAGUCUAAAAACGGAAUGACUGCCCCUGGUAGCCCAUCAUUGCUGGCCCGGUUGAAAGGAACUCCCGGAAGCCUCCGAAGAAAGUUCCGCAAAGGGCAUUCAUUAAACGCAUCGACAUCGCAAAGCGAUUCACCUUCGCCCACUACACCGCCUGCAGAAAGCGGCAGUUUCAAGUUUGUUCAUACCUUGAGAAAACAUGAUGAAAAUUUAGACCACGGAGCAACUCAUUUCACAUGCAGAUUUUUGGGUGUGAUGAGCAUCUACACAUUAAAACCAGAACACUGCUAUGGAUUUGCUGAAGGACUUGCCAGAGAUGUAUUCGAUCAAGACGGAAAAGAAGUAAAUAACAAUCAUUCUGCCAACAAAUGCCAAAUCGUUGUCACGGACGAAUCGAUAGAAAUAUCUGCAAUGCCACGAAGGCAUCAUAACUCUGGGAAACGAAAGCCCAUUAAUACCGGUACACCUCCUACAAGACCGAAACUUAAUUCUUCAAACAGUCCUACCUUCAACAGAGUUAAAUUUUCUGAUAAUCGUCCUAGAGCAAUAACCUGCGACGAAGUACUGGUGAACGAUCAUCACCAAAAUUGCAAUUCCAUGUUUUUCGAUUCACCUCAUCAAAUUUCCGUUUUAUCCCCGUAUGCAAACGCACACACCCAUUCAGAAAGACCGAUGUCGGUUUUAGAUUUAACUUCAACUAAUUCUCGUUAUGGGAGAGAGUCAAACCUCGCUUCCAUGCCUGAAAAUAUGCAAGAAAAUUUUUCCGCCAAAAUCCCUCUUCACGAAGUUGCGUAUUGUGUUACGGUACCUUCGAAUGAGAGACUAUUUUUACUUACAUCGCGACAGGGAUCGCAUCUCAUUUGCCGCGUUUUCCUAUUCAAAUUGCGGGAGAAAUCAAAUGCAUUGACUAUGGUUCUAGCGAACCAAUUUAAAAGAAACUUCGUAGAGUGGCAAAGCCAACGAGCAGCGGGUACCAAGCGAAAAGUGUCAAUAUUUAAGGGUCAACUUUUGCCAAACUCUUGCCCUUAUAAUAAAACAAAUUCUCAAAAUUCAACUGGUAGACCCCGGGGUGAAAGCCAAGACAGUGGACACGAAGAUUGCCCUUCUGACAUGGAUUCUGACGAGAGAACGAACGAAGAACUUAAAUCGAGAGAAUUUGAGCGGAGGUCGUCAUGCAUGCACUCUCCAGAGAACAUUUUACGGCGGCGAGAAACAGAGAGCUCAGGCCAUUUUUCCCAGCCAACCUUGUCGUUGUCAGACUUCACAACCGACGAGGAUUCCGACCAGAGCGAUGACAAUAUAUUUAGUUUAAUAAAGCCACUAAAAUGACUGAAACCUGUUUUCUUUACAAUGCCGAUUCAAGACUCAGCCAAACGCCGUUAACGACGGCACAUUUCGUUUUUCAUCUGCUCGGCUUUAUUUUACUGUGGUUUUAUCAUGACGCUUUGUUCGAUUUAGUAAUCGACAACACCCCAAAAAGGUGCUUUUUCUGCUUUUAUUAUAACUAUUUCAACAAAACUUCUUUAGGUUAGGUUGGGGGUACAUUUCAAGCAGUCACUAAUUUGUGAGAAGCUACUAAAAUCUUUCUGAUUUAAAAUUGCUUACCCGAUUUACCCCGGGUGAGGUGAGAUGCAAACAUAAUUGAUUCCAGCGCCCCAAUCACUUCGCCACCGAGUCUAAAUAAAACUCGUUUCUGAUCAAACUGUCUCUAUCUUGACGGUCUGUAUUGUGCAAGAACUAGGUAUGAAAUAUGUCCAUCCUAUCCAAAUUAUUUCUCAUAAUUAUAUAUCAAUUUUCUGUUGUGCAUAUAAUAUUGCAAAUCGAUUUAUGUGAUUAUUUUUUGGUAUUAAUAAUGAUUACAAUAAGAGCAGAAUUCA